CCUGGUUUCGAUGCGGGAAUCUUUGCAAGCUAGGUAGCUGUCAAGCUGCUAACGCGCCCCGUCAGUUAUUGUGGUAGUUUUAAAUGACGUUGUGCGUUGGUUAGCUACCUGCUAACAGUUUUAGCUGUUUUUUUCAGUAACUAUGGCAAGUGCAGCAAAUACAAACCUGAACGCAGUCCGGGAAACGAUGGAUGUCCUGCUUGAGAUCUCAAGGUUGCUGAACACCGGUUUGGACAUGGAGUCUCUGUCGAUCUGUGUGCGACUGUGUGAGCAAGGCAUUAACCCAGAAGCUCUGUCUGCAGUCAUCAAAGAGCUGCGUAAGGCUUCAGAGACCCUCAAGGUUUCUGAGAACUGCACAAACUGAGGAGGAAAAUAAAGAUCUCAUCACCCAACAUUGGGAUUAUGGACUGUUCCCCGAGUCUGAGCUUGAUUUGUUUUGCCACAUUGUCAUUUCCUCCGAUUCUGCACUUUGAUGUUUGGAGUUUUUGUAUAAAGAGGCACCAGCCUCAGUCUGCUGUGUUACUGCCUCUGCUGGAAUGAGAUCAUCUGUCUCUCAAACAAUCUGGGAUGUGUCACAGUUGGCAGGAACACCACUCCUUGAUUCAAGAAAAGACACAUUUACCAUCAACUUGUGUUGCAGUUCUCAUGUGCAAAUUUUCACUUAUUUUUUUACACACGUGUAUGAAUAUUCAUGUACUGUUAGAUGUUGAACUUGUAUAUUUCUUUCACUGAAACAAUAUUCUUUCAACAUUUUCAAUACUUCUUGUGAUGAGUAAAAUAUAUUUAAAAAAAGCCUGUAACAAUGUAAUAUUUGUGACCACAAGGUGGAGAUGUAUUCUUCUUUUUUUUUCACCCCCUCAUCAGGUUUUGAUGUGGCUUAACAAAACUUUUGGCUACAACUUCAGUUUUUCUAAUUCACGGGCGGUGAACUUCGGCUAAAUAUAAUUUAAAAUCUGAUUUUAACUCUUUCGUCCAAGACUUCUCGUUUCAGUUGAGCUAUUUGAAACAAGAAGUUUGAGUAAGUAAGUGGGGUUUUUUUUCAGUA